ACUAAGGAGCUACUUAACUACAGACGGGAUUAUGCGGUAGCGGAGAGCCUGCGAUAUGCUAAAGUGUGGAACGCAGGAGUAGUACAAGGUAAGGACUUUUCGAGGGCUCUUGUAAGUGGUAUGAAGAAGACUAAGCAUACAUUUGUAAAGUUGUAG